CCGACCAUGCCGCGCGCGCCCAGGUGCAGAGCGGUGCGCGCCCUGCUGCGUGGCCGCUACCGCGAGGUGCUGCCCUUGGCUACCUUCAUGCGGCGCCUGGGGCCGCAAGGCCGGCGGCUCGUGCGGCGCGGGGACCCGGCGGCCUUCCGCGCGCUGGUGGCCCAGUGCCUGGUGUGCGUGCCCUGGGACGCGCGGCCGGCCCCCGUCGGCCCGUCCUUCCGCCAGGUGUCCUGCCUCAAGGAGCUGGUGGCCAGGGUGGUGCAGAGGCUCUGCGAACGCGGCGCCAGGAACGUGCUGGCGUUCGGCUUCGCCCUGCUGGACGGGGCCCGCGGCGGGCCGCCAGUGGCCUUCACGACCAGCGUGCGCAGCUACCUGCCCAACACGGUAACCGAGACCCUGCGCGGCAGCGGCGCCUGGGGGCUGCUGCUGCGCCGUGUGGGCGACGAUGUGCUCGCCCACCUGCUGACGCGCUGCGCGCUCUACCUUCUGGUGGCCCCGAGUUGCGCCUAUCAGGUGUGCGGGACGCCGCUCUACGACCUCUGUGCACCUGCCGCCACUCGGCCCCUCGCCACCUCCGGCCACCGGCCUGGGACCCGGAUGGACCUCAGACCCACGCGCCAGGCCCGAAACGCGGGCGCGAGGCGGCGUCGGGGUGGCGGCGGGAGCAGCCCGCCUCUAGCCAAGAGGCCCAGGCACGACGUGACCCCAGAGUCCGAGCGGGGGCCAGGAAGGCCGUCUUCCCGGGCCCCCCCGGGCAGGGCCCACGGGCUGAGUGGCGGCGAACCUGGCGCAGUGACAUCUGCCAGGGCCGCCGCGGAGGCCAACUCCGGGGAGGGAGGGCCCCCUGGGACUCGGCUCACCUCCGCAGCAGGCGCACAGCAGUCUCGGCCCCAGGGCGGGCCCCUAUCACACCUAUCACACCCUGAGACCAAGCACUUCCUCUACUGCCCGGGAGGCAAGGAGCGGCUGCGCCCCUCCUUCCUGCUCAGUGCCCUGCAGCCUAGCCUGACAGGGGCCCGGACACUCCUGGAGGCCAUCUUUCUGGGCUCUAAGUCUCCGCGGCCAGGGGCUGCCCGCAGGACUCGCCGCCUGCCCGCUCGCUACUGGCGGAUGCGGCCCCUGUUCCGAGAGCUGCUUGCCAACCACGCCCGGUGCCCCUACGACGCGCUCCUCAGGACGCACUGCCCGCUUCGAGCCCCGGCCCCUGCGGAGGGGUCUAGCGACCGGGCCGGCCGGGGGGCGGGCGGCUGCGCCCUGGGGCGGCCCCCGGGAGCCCCCGGAGGCCUGCUCCAGCUUCUCCGGCAGCACAGCAGCCCCUGGCAGGUGUACGCUUUCCUGCGGGCCUGCCUGUGCAGGCUCGUGCCCGCUGGACUCUGGGGCUCCGGGCACAACCGGCGCCGCUUCUUGAGGAACGUGAAGAAGUUCGUCUCCCUGGGGAAGCACGCUAAGCUCUCGCUGCAGGAGCUGACCUGGAAGAUGCGGGUGCAGGACUGUGCCUGGCUGCGCGGGAGCCCAGGGGCCCGCUGUGUCCCAGCCGCCGAACACCGCCGCAGAGAGGAGGUCCUGGCCAAGCUCCUGUGCUGGUUGAUGGGCACGUACGUGGUUGAGCUGCUCAAGUCCUUUUUUUACGUCACGGAAACCACAUUUCAGAAGAACCGGCUCUUCUUCUACCGGAAGAGUAUCUGGAGCCAGUUGCAGAGCAUAGGAAUCAGACAACACUUCAAUAGUGUGCAUCUUCGAGAACUGUCAGAAGCAGAGGUCAGGAGACACCAGGAAGCCAGACCCACUCUGCUGACAUCCAAACUCCGCUUCCUCCCCAAGCCCAGUGGGCUUCGGCCAAUCGUGAACAUGGACUACGUUGUGGGAGCCAGAACGUUCCGCAGAGACAAGAAGGUCCGGCACCUCACCUCGCAAGUGAAGAACCUGUUCAGCGUGCUGAACUACGAGCGGGCCCGGCGGCCCAGCCUCCUAGGGGCCUCUGUGCUGGGCAUGGACGACAUCCACAGGGUCUGGCGUAGCUUUGUGCUGCGCGUGCGGGCUCAGGACCCAGCGCCCCAGCUGUACUUUGUCAAGGUGGACGUGACGGGGGCCUACGAUGCCCUCCCUCAGGACAAGCUGGUGGAGGUGAUUGCCAACGUGAUCAGGCCUCAAGAAAACACGUACUGCGUGCGCCAGUAUGCAGUGGUCCAGAGAACCGCCCAGGGGCACGUCCGCAAGUCCUUCAAAAGACACGUGUGCACCUUCGUGGACCUCCAGCCUUACAUGAGACAGUUCGUGGAGCAUCUACAGGAGACAAGCUCCCUGAGGGAUGCCGUGGUCAUCGAACAGAGCUCCUCUCUGAACGAGACUGGGCACAGCCUUUUCCACCUCUUCCUGCGCCUGGUGCACAACCACGUCAUCAGGAUCGGGGGCAAGUCCUACGUGCAGUGUCAGGGGAUCCCCCAGGGCUCCAUCCUGUCCACUCUGCUCUGCAGCCUGUGCUACGGGGACAUGGAGAGCAGGCUGUUUUCCGGGAUCCAGCAGGACGGGGUGCUCCUGCGUCUGGUGGACGACUUCCUGCUGGUCACGCCUCACCUGGCGCAAGCCCAAGCCUUUCUCAGGACCCUGGUCAGCGGUGUUCCUGAGUAUGGCUGCACAGCCAACUUGCAGAAGACGGCAGUGAACUUCCCCGUGGACACCGGCGCCCCGGGCAGUGCGGCCCCCCUCCAGCUGCCCGCCCACUGCCUGUUCCCCUGGUGCGGUUUGCUGCUGGACACGCGGACCCUGGAGGUGUUCUGCGACUACUCCAGUUAUGCCCAGACCUCCAUUCGCUCGAGCCUGACCUUCAGCCAGGGCACCAGGCCCGGGAGGAACAUGCGUCGCAAGCUGCUUGCGGUCAUGCGGCUGAAGUGCUGCGCUGUGUUUCUGGAUCUGCAGGUAAACAGCAUCCACACGGUUUAUACAAACAUUUACAAGAUUUUCUUGCUGCAGGCCUACAGGUGGGUUCACCAGCCACACCACCACAUGCCACAGGACCCUCUGUGCCCUGGGCCUCCCUCGGCCUGGAGCACGCCCUACCCUCUGGGUCCCAGUAUUUGCAGAGUUUUCAGUCGCACACGCUUCGGCUUCGUGCAUGUACACGGAUGCUUCUCGGUGUGGGAAGUGCCUGUGUCACCAGGCAGUGAGGGGUGGCCAGCAUGGCCUGGGGUGUCCCCACUCCUGUGCCCUGACCCAGGGCCUCGCAGGGGCCUCGGGUCUCAGAGAGGAUCAGGCCAGUACCGGUGAGGGUCCACAGCCCUCUGAUGUCCCCCGGAAAUGGGUGGUGGGACGUGGCUCCCGAAGAGCCCAGAGGUUAUUCUCGCCCCACUGAUCAUGUGCUUCUGGAACAUUCUCCAUCCCUGGGAGCUUCCAGGUCGUCCCGCUGAGAACGGGGACGUGGCUGGGCAGUCGUGGAUCCCUUCUGUGCCUGUGCUUUUCUGAGUCGUGGGGCGGGGGGGGACGUUUCCCCCUUCAGGCUGUGCCGAUGCCUCAGGUCACAUCACCGGCCCUGGCCUCAGGGUCGCAAAGUCGGGCUUUGCUUCAGCUCAGGGGAGCAGGCAGCCUCUACCCACAGUCAGGACAGAUGGGUGUGUGCACCGCGGGGCCAGACAGGGGCCGAGCAUCUGUGUAGAGCCCCCCUGAGUCCGCGUUAGCUGGUUGUGUAUUUGUUGUGGAACGAGGCAACUGUCUCACGGGAACUGGGCACGGCUGGGUGGCUGGGUUUCCUGCCAGAAACCCCCUCCAGGCCCCAGAGCACCUGUGCCCCUUGCGGCCGUGGGGGCAGAGCCUGCCUGUCGUUCGUCCUCCGUCGUGUCCUGGGAGGGCCUCGCUCAGGGCUCCUGUCCUGUGCUCUGUGGUUGUAAUGCUGCCUUUCCCUGCGUCUUCCAAACCCCCUGCCUCUGCUCUCGUGGGCGAGCUGCCUCGAGGUCUCUGACAACGUGCUCGCUAUAAGCAUGAAGGUGCCCCCACCCCCCACCCCCGUCCUGCCACACACAGCUAAAGACUGAGGUGGACACACCCUUGCUUUGCAGCCUUCCUGCAAGGGCAGGCCAGUCCCCCGGCCAGCUCCACGCCCCGGUGGCCAGGUCAUGUGUACCUCAAGGAGGGGCCCCACUCUCGUGUCCCCACUUGUGGACCUGUUCUUCGUGAGCCCAGGCCCGGGACACCUGCCCACCCGGGAACAUAUUCAAAUCCUGGGUUCAGGCGAGGCACCCUCGGCAGCUCUGUGCUCCUCGUGAGGGCACAUGCGGCCCCCAGACGGCGGGUACCCAGAGCUAAUGGCUUCUCUGGCCACAUGCAGAAGCAUCAGCCGUUUCCAAAUACAGAGGCUGUGGCAGGUGGGAGGCCCUAAGAACACCACCCUUUCUGGGGCGGGAGUGUGGAAAUGUGAGGCUGGCCGGUGAUGAGUGGGCGAGGCCGUGUGUGUCCACGUGGCCCUUGGGGCAGGACCCUCUCGUGCAGUGUCCGAUCGGAACCCUCGGGCCCAGCUCCUUUCACAGCUGAGGGUGGGCGUCGGGCUGGAGGUGCUGGGAGAGCAGCGUCCACUCAGGAGAGGUUCUCCACCUGCAGAACGUGCUCCCCCCAGCGCCCUCCCCCAGGGCUCCAGGGACCGUGCUCCCCUCUAGGGCUCUCCCCCAGGGCUCCAGGGACCGUGCUCCC